CAAUGACAGAGAUGAGCCCAGUGCAGUGAGCUAUGCAAAACCCUAAAAACCUUAGUCACAGGCUCACAGCUUCAUCAAGCACCAUAGAAGGGUUUCUCAUUUCUGCCAUUCUUGUUCAUAUCUUUCUCUCCCCCAAUAUAUAAAUGUUCUCCAAACUUCAAGAGUCUUGUCUUCUAUUUUUUCCCUUUCUGUGGUAGAGCUCCAUUUUUUGGGAGAGCAAGAAAUUUGAAAAGAGAAAAACAAACAAGAAAAAACUCUGUUUUCUUGUAGUUACUCUGAAUUUUGGAAAUUCAUGGCGAAUAUAGUUGAUCAAGAUCAGCAAUGGCUUCUCAACUGCUUGACUGCCACUCUUGACCCCAACCAGGAAGUCCGUUCAUUUGCCGAAGCUUCUCUGAAUCAGGCCUCUCUUCAACCAGGUUUUGGAGGGGCACUAUCCAAGGUUGCUGCAAACAGGGAGCUUUCUCCAGGAUUGCGUCAGUUAGCGGCUGUUCUUCUAAAGCAAUUCAUCAAAAAACACUGGCAAGAAGGUGAGGACUCCUUUGAACAUCCGGCUGUAUCAAGUCAAGAAAAGGAAGUCAUACGCAGGCUUCUUUUAGCUUCAUUAGAUGAUUCUCAUAGGAAAAUCUGCACUGCGAUUAGUAUGGCUAUAGCAUCAAUUGCUAUGUAUGACUGGCCAGAGGGUUGGCCUGACUUGUUGCCAUUCCUUCUGAAGUUACUCACUGAUCAAACUAAUAUGAAUGGAGUACGUGGAGCUCUAAGGUGCUUGGCUCUUCUGUCUGGCGACUUGGAUGAUACAGUUGUGCCAUCACUAGUUCCUGUCUUGUUCCCAUGCUUACAUACGAUCGUAUCUUCCCCUGAGAUAUAUGACAAUUAUUUGCGCACAAAAGCCCUUUCGAUAGUUUAUUCUUGUACAUCCAUGCUUGGGGUUAUGAGUGGUAUAUACAAGACAGAAACCAGUGUGUUGAUGGCACCAAUGCUUAAACCAUGGAUGGAUAAGUUCUCUAUGAUCUUAGAACAGCCGGUACAAUCUGAAGAUCCUGAUGAUUGGAGCAUGAGAAUGGAGGUUUUAAAGUGCUUGAAUCAGUUUGUUCAGAAUUUCCCUAGCUUUACUGAAAGUGAAUUUGCAGUUAUUGUGGGACCUCUGUGGCAAACUUUCGUAACAUCUCUAAGAGUUUACAAACAGUCAUCAGUUGAAGGUACAGAAGAUUCCUAUGAGGGUAGAUAUGAUUCGGAUGGUGCAGAGAAAAGUCUUGAUUCAUUUGUCAUCCAGCUUUUUGAGUUUCUGUUGACUAUUGUUGGCAGUGCAAAGCUAAUGAAGGUUGUUAGGGGUAAUAUCAAGGAGUUGGUUUUUUACACCAUAGGUUUUCUGCAAAUGACUGAACAACAGAUUCAUACGUGGUCGGCAGAUGCUAAUCAAUUUGUUGCUGAUGAGGAUGAUGUCACAUAUAGUUGUCGUGUUUCUGGUGUACUUCUAUUGGAGGAGAUAGUGAACUCAUUUGGUGGAGAAGGAAUCAUUGCCAUUAUAGAUUCUGUAAGAGAGAUAUUCAAUGAGUCUCAACGAGAAAAAGCUGCUUCUUCAGUAACUUGGUGGAGAAUGAGGGAGGCUGCACUCUUUGCUUUGGCUUCUCUGUCAGAACAAUUACUUGAAGCAGAGGCUUCAGGGGUGAGCAACAUUGGCUUAGGAAGCCUUGUAGAGCAAAUGAUUACUGAAGACAUCGGAACGGGAGUGCACACAUAUCCCUUUCUUUGCGCUCGUAGUUUUACAUCGGUUGCUAAAUUCUCCUCUGUGAUUAGCCAUGGAAUUCGCGAGCAGUAUCUCUCUGCUGCAAUCCUGGCAGUUGGCAUGAAUGUUCCCCCACCUGUAAAGGUAGGUGCUUGCCGGGCACUUUCGCAACUGCUACCUGAAGCUAACAAAGGAAUUAUCCAGUCUCAAAUGAUGGGUUUAUUUUCGUCGCUUACUGAUCUUCUUCAUCAGGCAUCUGAUGAAACAUUACACCUAGUACUAGAAACACUGCAUGCAGCCAUUAAGGCAGCUCAUGAAGCAUCGGAGUUGGUUGAGUCUAUUAUCGCUCCUGUAAUACUUAAUAUGUGGGCAUUGCAUGUUUCUGAUCCCUUUAUCAGUAUUGAUGCAAUUGAGGUUCUGGAGGCAAUAAAAGAAACUCCUGGCUGUAUUCGUCCAUUGGUUUCUCGAAUUUUGCCGCAUAUUGGUCCAAUCUUAAAUAAACCACACCAGCAGCCUGAUGGACUGAUAGCUGGAUCCUUGGACCUGGUGACUAUGCUAUUAAAGAAUGCUCCAAGCGAUGUAGUAAAAGCAGUGUAUGAUGCUUGUUUUGAUGCUGUUAUCCGGAUAGUCCUUCAAAGUGAUGAUCACAGUGAAAUGCAGAAUGCCACUGAAUGUUUAGCUGCUUUUAUAUCUGGAGGAAGACAAGAAAUACUUGCCUGGGCUGUUGACUCUGGAUUCACAAUGAGAAGUUUGCUUGACGUAGCUUCAAGACUCCUUGACCCUGAUCUGGAAAGCUCUGGAUCUCUUUUUGUUGGGAGUUACAUUUUGCAACUUAUCUUACAUCUGCCAUCGCAAAUGGCACAACAUAUCCGAGAUCUUAUUGCUGCUCUAGUUAGACGAAUGCAGUCAGCUCAAAUAACAGGAUUGAGAAGCUCCUUAAUACUUAUUUUUGCUAGACUGGUGCAUACGAGUGCCCCUAAUGUUGAACAGUUCAUAGAUAUGCUGAUCAGUAUCCCUGCUGAAGGCUAUAAUAAUUCCUUCAUUUAUGUGAUGUCUGAAUGGACUAAGCUGCAAGGGGAAAUACAAGGGGCCUAUCAAAUUAAUGUUACAACCAGUGCUUUGGCUUUGCUGCUAUCCACGAGACAUGCUGAGCUGGGGAAAGUUAAUGUACAAGGCCAUUUGAUUAAGUCUACUGCAGGGAUAACUACUCGCUCAAAAGCUAAAUUGGCUCCAGAUCAAUGGACUGUUGUGCCACUUCCUGCUAAGAUACUGGCUUUGUUGGCUGACGUGUUGAUAGAAAUCCAAGAGCAAGUGCAAGUACCAGGUGGUGGUGAUGAGGAGAGUGACUGGGAAGAAAUUCAGGAAGGAGAAGCGGAACCUGGAGAUGAUUUGCUUUACUCGGCUGCUGGUUCAUCAUUUAGUCGAACCACGUAUGAUCAACUUGAAGCAAUGGCAAAAGCUUUUAGUGAGAAUCAAGAAGAUGGGGAUGAUGAUGACCUAUUGCAUGUUGCUGAUCCACUGAAUGAGAUUAAUUUGGCGAGCUAUCUUGCUGAGUUCCUUGCUAAGUUCUCUUCUAGCGACAAAGGGCUAUUUGAUCAUCUUUGCCAGGGUUUAACACAGGCACAGCGAGAUGCCAUUCGAACAGUUCUAGAGCAUUGAAGUGUUUAUUGUGCGUGGACCUGCGAAUCUGAUUGUUGGGUCGUAUUCUGUGCUCUGAUUCAUUAUUUUUAAAAUAUUUUUCCAGAAUAUUAGUGGGGUAGAGUGGAGCAGGUGAUGGCAAAGGUUAUUUGAUUGAUUGAUCAUAGAAACUACUGAGUUGGUUUUGUAAAGCGACAUUGUAUCCUGUUAUAGAAAUUUUGGUUACUGUGCAUAUGUUACUUGCUAGUUCGAUGAAGAACUUCCUUUUUUUU